AUGUCUAAUGAUAUGGAUUUGGUAGAUGAUGGUACUUUAAGAGGAGAAUCAAUUUCAAUAUGCUCACCAUCAUUGUUAACAACAAAUGAUAAUUCAUCAAAACUCGAUAAAGGUGAUCCUAUUGAUAAGGAUAUAUGUACGCAAAUAAGAUGGGAUUCACUACAUUUAAAUGAGCUUUCAUAUUUGAAUUACGAUGAACCGGACAGUACUGAUGAAAUUACAUUGGGUAAUAUGCCAGAUUUAGUAAUGCAAUGCAUUUUUGAGUCUUUCAAUCUUCGAGAUCGUUGUAUAGCAUCUCAGGUAUACUAG